UUAACAUGGCGGACGAGAUGAGUGAUGAUAUGGUGGAAGGAGGGUGUGUCAUCAUUCAUGAAAUCUAUGAUUCUGAGGAUGCACGUGAACAGUUUGAGGCAGAUUUGGAGAGAGCCUUGGAAUCACAGUGUGGCAUGAUUGUUAUUGAACCAACAAUGAUUGGCGAAGAAACAGCACGCUGGAUCCAAGUUGGGAACUGUUUACACAAAACAGCUGUUAUUAGUGGACUUAGUUGUUUCAUUAGUCCAUGGGUGCUUCCCAGAAUUGUCAAAGAGCCUUCCUGUUAUGUAUUUGGUGGAGUGAGCAUUUUUUGUGCAGCAUUGUAUGGUGUAUCAUGGCAGUUUGAUCCUUGCUGCCAGUAUCAAGUAGAAUAUGACACUAGAAAGUUGGCAAAGCUACCACUUAGUAGUCUAACAUCUUCAUCUCCAAUCGUGCUGGUAAGAAAGGAUGACAAAUACCGUAAAAGACUUCACAAUGUGGUGGCAGGUUGUGCCUUGGUUUAUUGCAGCUGGAAGAUUUAUAACUGGUAUUGUGGUUAAUGUGCUGGGGCAUUUUGAUAGUAACAAUAUUAUUAUGGCUUAAAGUGUUUUCACAAAGAUCAUGAUGAGGUAUAUGAGAUGUUCAGGGUUGCACUCAGUUUUCAAGAGGUCAAAUAUUUACCAUGUGAUCUUGUGGGGCAGUGGGUGAUUGACAUUUAUUUAUUAUCAUGGUGUUUAAAUCAUAUAUAAAUUGUGACAUUGCCAUGCCAACUAAAACACAGCAUUCAAAGAGUGGAGAUCACACAGCAUACAUAUCACAAUGCUUUUUUUCAAGAAGGUCUCUAAGUAGAGGAAAAUGUCUACAUGGGAGUCAUGCCACUAACUAAGACAGAAAUUUUUGGGUGUAUUUCAGAGUGACUUCAAUUUAUUUGUGUUAAGCAUUGUUUUGGAGAUGUGAGAUUGGAAUAACAUUGUUACUUCUCAGUCCUUUCAACUCCCAAGAGUGACCAAGACAGAAUUUCUCCUUACAAUAUCCCUAAAGUAUCAAACAGACAUGUUAUGAAAAAAGGAAAAAUAGCAAUUGGGGAAUUACAAGUUGAUCCAAAACCACAUUCUCAGAACUAAUAUGAUUUAUAAGACCUGUAUGGAAGACAGUAAGGAGAAUUUCCAAUGAGAUCUUGAGGGUGAAGGGUUGACUGUAUCUUGAUGCAUCAAGGAUGCAUCUUGGGUUGCUGAAAACAUAUUGGGUGCCUGGUAAAUUUAAAAUAAGCCUUAUGCAUGUACUUGGUAUGUAUCACAACACUAAGUUGAACUCCCAAGCUUUGCUUUCAACUCGCAGACUUUUAAAUUUUGAAUUUUAAUCAGAAAGUAUUUCAAAAACACUCAAUUGAAAUGAAAAAUCCAAUGAAAAAAACAAGAAAGGUUCAAAGAUUCAUGAAAAUUGUGUGCAAUAAAAGGUGGGGGGGGGGGGGAUUUUUCAGUAACGGAUAUCAUUGUGCGCAAGUGCCAUUAAAAUCAUUCAGACCUUCAGUGAUAGAGGUUGUACAUUGGGCUAAAGGAUAUGUGAAGCUCAAUAAGCAAUUUAUUAAAAAAAAAAAAAAAAAAAAAGAAAGAAAAGAUGUAACGAGAUGGGUUACUCUCAAGAAUAUCUAUCUUUUAGUCCCCCUUGAAAUCUGUUUGCAUUGUGGCUUAUCUAUUUUUACCAGUGUAAAUAAAGUUGAAUUUCCAUUUUAAGUGCUAUUCAUUUCAUAUCUACAACAGUGAGAUAACUACCCUUCUAGAAUUUAGUUCAGUUUCUCUAAAAGCUUGCAGCUACCUGUUCAUCCUCCAGGGUGAGGCAGACACUGUGGGCCUGUUAUUUACACAAGGUCCAACCCAAACCACAGUUUUAUGCAAUCAGUGGGCCCCAGGCUUUUUCUCUAAGAGGGUUGGUUUAAUAAAAUAAAUGUCCUUUCACCAUUAGCUAUGGCCCUUUCAAUGCUAUUCACAAAAAUUAAUGUUCAGAUAAAAAGGUUAAGCUAAAUCGAGGGGUGUACAGGACACAAUUUUGUCAAGCAAUGGCUAAACUUUGUUUGAAUAGUCAGACUGGUAAGAGUAGAGUCUUGUCAAGAGACAGAAAACUGGCCUCAACACAGUCACCCUCCUAUGUCUUCAAUCCAUUAUUGAUUAUCAAGAAUUUGGUGUUCUAACAAUUUAGCCUGAGUCUUGUCUCCCUCCAUACAUUAGUCACCCAUGCAUGUCUCUUCCCAAAAUUGUUUCUA